AUGCCUUUCCUUCCGGAGGCGGAGGCGGGGGCGGCGGGGCGCGCGGUGGCCCUGGCCCUGGUGCUGUUCCUCCCCGCCGUGUCAGCGGGCGCCGGCGCCCUGUUCCGCCUGCAGCCCGGCAUGCCCAACGUGUGUGCGGAGCGGGAGCUGACCGUGGUGGGCCGUCGCCAGCCCUGCGUGCAGGCCGUCAGCCGCGUGGUGCCCGUGUGGAGGCCGGGCUGCGGGCGGCAGGACUGGUGUGUCGGCCACAAACGCAGAACCGUCUACUACACGGGCUACAGGCAGGUGUAUGCCACGGAGGCCCAGACCGUGUUGCGGUGCUGCCCGGGGUGGAACCAGCAGCCCGGAGACCAGGGCUGCCUCUCCUCCCGGUGCAGCCCCGGCCUCUGCUUUAACGGCGGCCACUGCGUGCCCGACUCGGCCCAGCUGUGCCACUGUCCCCGCGGCUUCCACGGUCCCCGCUGUCAGCAUGACGUGGACGAGUGCCAGGUGCACAACGGCGGCUGCCAGCACAGGUGCGUGAACACGCCAGGCUCCUACCUCUGUGAGUGCAAGCCCGGCUUCCGGCUCCACGCGGAUGGCAGGACCUGCCUGGCCAUCAACUCCUGCGCCGUGGGCAAUGGCGGCUGCCAACACAACUGUAUUCAGCUCACGGUGACCCAGCACCGCUGCCAGUGCCGGCCCGAGUUCCAGCUCCAGGAAGAUGGCAAGCGCUGCAUCCGGAGAAACCCGUGUACGGACCGGAACGGCGGCUGCAUGCACACGUGCCGGGCGCUCCGGGGCCUUGCCCACUGCGAGUGCCACGCAGGAUACUGGCUGGCAGCGGACCGCAAGGCCUGCGAAGAUAUGGAUGAAUGCGCCACAGGCCUGGCCCAGUGUGCCCACGGCUGCCUCAACACUCACGGGUCCUUUAAGUGUGUGUGCAACGCAGGCUACGAGCUGGGUGCCGACGGCCAGCAGUGCUACCGGAUCGAGAUGGAGAUCGUGAACAGCUGCGAGGCGGACAACGGCGGCUGCUCCCACGGCUGCAGCCACAGCAGCACAGGGCCCGUCUGCACCUGCCCCCGCGGCUACGAGCUGGGCGAGGACCAGAGGACCUGCAGCGAUGUCGAUGACUGUGCCGAUUCCCCGUGCUGCCAGCAGGUUUGCACCAAUAGCCCUGGCGGCUACGAGUGCGGCUGCUAUGCCGGCUACCAGCUUGGCGCCGACGGCUGCGGCUGUGAGGACCUGGACGAGUGCACCUCCGGCCGUGGCGGCUGUGAGCAGCACUGCACGAACCUGGCCGGCUCCUUCCAGUGUUCCUGCAAGGACGGCUACCUGCUGGACGAGGACCGCCGGGGCUGCAGCCCCCUGGAGAUGCCCGAGGUGGGCCUGGACGGCCACCUGCCCCUCGUGCGGCUCCCCCCGCACGUGGCAGUGCUCCAGGACGAGCUGCCCCACCUCUUCCAAGAUGACCACAUCGGGACCGAGGAGGAGGAGGAGGAGGAGGCGCGGGGCGAACACACAUUGGAGGAGAAGUUUGUCUGCCUGGACGACUCCUUUGGCCCAGAUUGCAGCUUGACCUGUGCUGACUGCAGGAAGGGGGGGACCUGCCUCCCCAGCCUGCGUGGCUGUGACUGCCCCGACGGCUGGACCGGGCUCGUCUGCACUGAGGCUUGUCCCCCAGACACCUUCGGGAAGAACUGCAGCUUCUCCUGCAGCUGUCAGAACGGCGGGACCUGCGACCCUGUGACAGGGGCCUGCCGCUGCCCUCCAGGUGUCAGUGGAGCCCGCUGUGAGGACGGCUGCCCCAGAGGUUUCUACGGCAAGCACUGCGGUAAGAAGUGCCACUGUGCCAACCGGGGCCGGUGCCACCGCCUCUACGGGGCCUGCCUCUGCGACCCGGGGCUCUACGGCCGCUUCUGCCACCUGGCCUGCCCACCGUGGGCCUUCGGGCCGGGCUGCUCGGAGGAGUGCCAGUGCGAGCAGCCCAACACGCACGCGUGUGACCGGAGGGACGGCAGCUGCGCCUGCAAGGCGGGCUUCGCGGGCGAGCGGUGCCAGGACGAGUGCCAGCCGGGCUUCUUUGGGCCAGGCUGCCGGCAGGCGUGCACCUGCCCCCCGGGCGUGGCCUGCGACCCCGUCGACGGCCAGUGUGGGAAGCAGUGUCCUGCCGGCUACCAGGGCGAGGACUGCGGCCAAGAGUGCCCGGCCGGGACGUUCGGCAAGGACUGCUCAGCUUCCUGCCCCUGCGAGGGGGCCCCCUGCGACCGGGCCACGGGCCAGUGCCUGUGCCCUCCUGGGAGGACCGGGGCUGACUGCGGGGUGUGCGUGUGGUUGUGUGCAGAUGUCGAUGACUGUGCCGAUUCCCCGUGCUGCCAGCAGGUUUGCACCAAUAGCCCUGGCGGCUACGAGUGCGGCUGCUAUGCCGGCUACCAGCUUGGCGCCGACGGCUGCGGCUGUGAGGACCUGGACGAGUGCACCUCCGGCCGUGGCGGCUGUGAGCAGCACUGCACGAACCUGGCCGGCUCCUUCCAGUGUUCCUGCAAGGACGGCUACCUGCUGGACGAGGACCGCCGGGGCUGCAGCCCCCUGGAGAUGACCGAGGUGGGCCUGGACGGCCACCUGCCCCUCGUGCGGCUCCCCCCGCACGUGGCAGUGCUCCAGGACGAGCUGCCCCACCUCUUCCAAGAUGACCACAUCGGGACCGAGGAGGAGGAGGAGGAGGAGGCGCGGGGCGAACACACAUUGGAGGAGAAGUUUGUCUGCCUGGACGACUCCUUUGGCCCAGAUUGCAGCUUGACCUGUGCUGACUGCAGGAAGGGGGGGACCUGCCUCCCCAGCCUGCGUGGCUGUGACUGCCCCGACGGCUGGACCGGGCUCGUCUGCACUGAGGCUUGUCCCCCAGACACCUUCGGGAAGAACUGCAGCUUCUCCUGCAGCUGUCAGAACGGCGGGACCUGCGACCCUGUGACAGGGGCCUGCCGCUGCCCUCCAGGUGUCAGUGGAGCCCGCUGUGAGGACGGCUGCCCCAGAGGUUUCUACGGCAAGCACUGCGGUAAGAAGUGCCACUGUGCCAACCGGGGCCGGUGCCACCGCCUCUACGGGGCCUGCCUCUGCGACCCGGGGCUCUACGGCCGCUUCUGCCACCUGGCCUGCCCACCGUGGGCCUUCGGGCCGGGCUGCUCGGAGGAGUGCCAGUGCGAGCAGCCCAACACGCACGCGUGUGACCGGAGGGACGGCAGCUGCGCCUGCAAGGCGGGCUUCGCGGGCGAGCGGUGCCAGGACGAGUGCCAGCCGGGCUUCUUUGGGCCAGGCUGCCGGCAGGCGUGCACCUGCCCCCCGGGCGUGGCCUGCGACCCCGUCGACGGCCAGUGUGGGAAGCAGUGUCCUGCCGGCUACCAGGGCGAGGACUGCGGCCAAGAGUGCCCGGCCGGGACGUUCGGCAAGGACUGCUCAGCUUCCUGCCCCUGCGAGGGGGCCCCCUGCGACCGGGCCACGGGCCAGUGCCUGUGCCCUCCUGGGAGGACCGGGGCUGACUGCGGGGCAGAUUGUCCUGAAGGUCGCUGGGGGCUGGGCUGCCAGGAGACCUGCCCGGCGUGCGAGCACGGUGCUUCCUGUGAGCCUGAGACCGGAGCCUGCCUGUGCCGCCCCGGCUUCGUGGGCAGCCGCUGCCAGGACACUUGCCCAGCAGGCUGGUUUGGGCCCAGCUGCCAGAUGCGUUGCUCCUGCGUCAACGACGGGCUCUGCCACCCGGUGACUGGCCGCUGCAGCUGCGCCCCGGGGUGGACCGGCCUCAGCUGCCAGAGAGCCUGUGACAGCGACCACUGGGGACCCGACUGCAGCCACACCUGCAACUGCAGCGCAGGCCACGGGAGCUGCGACGCCGUCAGCGGCCUGUGUCUGUGUGAGGCCGGCUAUGCGGGCCCGCGGUGCGAGCAGCGGUGUCCCCAGGGCUACUUCGGGCCGGGCUGUGGGCGGCAGUGCCAGUGUGAGCACGGGGCAGCCUGUGACCAUGUCAGCGGGGCCUGCACCUGCCCGGCCGGCUGGAGGGGAACCUUCUGUGAGCGCGCCUGCCCGGCCGGCUUCUUCGGAGUGGACUGCCACCGCGCCUGUGACUGCAGCGCCGGGGUGCCCUGCGACGCCGUGAACGGUUCCUGCCUCUGCCCUGCCGGCCGCCGGGGCCCCCGCUGCGCCCAGACCUGCCCAGCCCACACGUACGGCCACAACUGCAGCCAGGCCUGCUCCUGCUCUCACGGGGCCUCCUGCGAUCCUGUCCACGGGCGGUGUCGCUGUGGCCCUGGCUGGAUGGGGCCCACCUGCCUGCAGGCCUGUCCCGCGGGCCUCUACGGCGAGGACUGCCAGCAUUCCUGUCUCUGCCAGAACCGGGGCACCUGCGACCCCGUCUCAGGCCAGUGCACCUGCCCAGAGGGCUGGGCCGGGCUGGCCUGUGAGAAGGAGUGCCUCCCGGGGUUCUUCGGAGCCGGCUGCCAGCACGUCUGCGGGUGCCUCCACGGCGGCCUCUGUGACCGGCACACAGGCCACUGCCUCUGCCCGGCCGGCUGGACCGGGGACAAGUGCCAGAGCCCCUGCCCGCCCGGCUGGUUUGGAGAGGCCUGUGCCCGGGGCUGCCAGUGCCCACCCGGCGUCGCCUGCCACCACGUCACCGGGCAGUGUCACUGUCCCCCAGGCUUCACUGGGCCCGGCUGUGAGCAGGCCUGCCCCCCCGGUGCCUUUGGGGAGAGCUGUGGGCAGAAGUGUCAGUGCCCCGGCGAGGACCAGGCGUGCCACCCUGCCUCGGGGGCCUGCGCGUGUGCCGCCGGCUACCACGGUGCCGGCUGCCAGCAGCGGUGCCCGCCCGGGCGGUUCGGGCCCGGCUGUGAGCAGCUGUGUGGGUGUCUCAACGGGGGCUCCUGCGACGCGGCCACAGGGGCCUGCCACUGCCCCGCUGGGUUCCUCGGAACCGACUGCGGCCUCGCCUGUCCACACGGCCGCUUUGGCCCCCGCUGUGCCCACGUGUGCAGGUGUGGGCAAGGGGCGGCCUGUGACCCCGUGACCGGAACCUGCUCCUGCCCCCCCGGGAGGACCGGCGUCCACUGUGAGCACGGUUGCCCCCAGAACCGGUUUGGUGUCACCUGUGAGCACGUGUGCUCCUGCAGAAACGGGGGCCUGUGUCACGCCGCCAACGGCAGCUGCUCCUGCGGCCUGGGCUGGACGGGGCAGCACUGCGAGCUGGCCUGCCCCGCCGGGCGCUACGGUGCCGCCUGCCUCCUGGAGUGUUCCUGCCGCAACCACGGCGCCUGCGAGCCCUCAUCGGGCGCCUGCCGCUGCGGGCCCGGCUUCUACGGCCAGGCCUGCGAGCACGGCUGUCCGCCUGGCUUCCACGGGGCUGGCUGCCGGGGGACGUGCGAGUGCCAGCACGGCGCCCCCUGCGACCCCGUCAGUGGCAGGUGUCUCUGCCCUGCCGGCCUCCGCGGCCAGCUCUGCGAGAAGGGGUGUGAGCCGGGCUCCUUUGGAGAAGGCUGCAGCCAGCAGUGUGACUGCGAGGAUGGGGUGCCCUGUGACCCCGUCACCGGCCGCUGCCUGUGCCCCCCGGGGCUCACGGGGGCCACCUGUGACCGGGGCUGCGGAAGGGGCUUCUUCGGACCAGGCUGUGCCUUGAGCUGCUCCUGCGGGGGUGGGGCUGACUGCGACGCCGUCAGCGGGCAGUGCCACUGCGUGGACGGCUACAUGGGGCCCACGUGCCAGCAGGGUGGGCCCUCCCAGUUCCCCGAGACCCCGUCUCCAGCCCUGGGCCCAGUGGCUUCACAGUCAGCCUCUCACCUGCCCGGGCUCGGCAGUGGCGCAGAGAAGCACUAGCUCAGGGGCAGCCCCCGCCGAGGCCUGCCUCCCAGGGCCCGCUGA